AUGGCUUUACUAGCUGUAAUUGUGCUUUUGCUUGUAAAGAGCUGUAGCACAUUGGCAGCUGAAGGGCCUUCUGGUGAUGAUGCUGUGCUGUCCUACAAUAAAGUGCAGAAGAGUGCAGAAACCACCUAUGGCUAUGUGACCUGUGCAUUUGCUGUGCUGUUGUAUGGAAGCUAUUUUGUUCCUAUGAAAAGAAUAGAAACUGGCGAUGGAAUGUUUUUCCAGUGGAUUUGCAGUUCGGGUAUAUGGUUUGUUGGACUGGUUGUUGACACAUUGUUUCACCCAUCCAGAGCUCAUCCCGCUGCUAUGCUUGGAGGAGCACUUUGGGCCACAGGACAUAUAAGCGCUGUCCCUGUUGUGAAGUUUAUUGGACUUGGACUUGGGAUUUUGCUUUGGGGAUCCAGUGCAUUGCUAAUUGGAUGGGCAAGCUCAAGGUUUGGCUGGUUUGGACUGCAUCCAGAAGAAGUUUCAAAGCCGUUGCUCAAUUACUGUGGUGCUGGCCUUUGUCUUCUAAGUGCCAUCAUAUUCUUCUUUGUAAAAAGUGAUGGUCAUCAACGCACGUCCACUGAAUUUAUGCCUCUGUUGAUUGAUGAUAGGAGGCUGGAUCCAGACAGCAUAAGUCCCAGUGAUUCAUGGGUGGACACAAUUUCCCCGAAGAGCAAGAGAGUGUUUGGCUGCAUCUUGGCGGUAUUUUCAGGUGUCCUUUAUGGCAGUGCAUUUGUGCCUGUUUUUUAUAUGAAAUUGCACGCAACAAAUAAUUCAAGCAUGUUCAUUGGAUCCAGUCAAAAUGAAAUUGACUACUGCUUUGCCCAUUACAGUGGAAUUUUCCUCACAAGCACAGUGUAUUUUCUCGCUUACUGUGCAGUCAUGAAGAACAGGCCUCGAAUCUAUCCCAGAGCCAUCUUACCUGGUUUUUCAAGUGGCCUGAUGUGGGGAUUGGCCACAUAUUCCUGGCUUAUGGCAAAUUGCUACCUUGGUGCAGUGAUCACAUUCCCUAUAACUAAUGCUGGUUAUUCCUUAGUAGCUGCUCUGUGGGGAAGUGUGGUAUUUAAAGAGGUCAAAGGCAUUGGGAACUUGCUGCUGUUUGCUUUGGCAACUUGUGUUGUGCUGGCAGGCUCCUUCUUAACUGCCUAUUCAAAGAUCUGAGUCUGGAUGUUAUGUUACCACAAGGUGGCAAUGGUGGAUCAGGUUUUAAAUUAAUAUUCCUGCCAAACUUUGCAGUCAUUUUCUCAUCAAGUUCCAUGAGUCCUCUGCAGUUGCUUGGUAGCCCCUGAUGAAAUUUGAUCAUUUUUUUUCUACUUUUGCAUUUUAACUGCUGUCAAUUUAAUCAUAGGUGUUCUGUAGGUUCAUGUGGACUUCAAUUAAACCAUUCUCCCAUU